AAUUCUCAACGAUAAAUCAAAAAUGGUGUUCCCAGAUAUCCCAUCUCGGCAACCAUCGAUCCCCAGUUUCCUUUACCACACGCACACGCACACGCCGAUGCCGCCAAGUUCGGUGGAGACCAAGAAAACGACAACCCCCGAGAAGAGCCCGAGCUUCAUGAUCCAGGCGCCCAGCGACAAAAGGAUAGCCAUGUUCUCGCCCCAAUACUACGCCGCGUGCACAGCCGGCGGCAUUUUCAGCUGCGGCCUCACUCACAUGGCCGUCACCCCACUCGAUCUCGUCAAGUGCAAUAUGCAGAUAAAUCCUGCAAAAUACAAGGGCAUAGGCUCAGGAUUUGGAGUUCUACUAAGGGAGCAAGGAGUGAAAGGCUUCUUCAGGGGAUGGGUGCCGACGCUGCUCGGAUACAGCGCGCAGGGAGCCUGCAAGUUCGGCUUCUACGAAUUCUUCAAGAAGUACUACUCUGACAUUGCUGGCCCGGAAAAUGCUGCCAAGUACAAGACCUUCAUCUUCCUCGCAGGCUCUGCCUCCGCUGAAGUCAUCGCUGACAUUGCCCUCUGCCCCUUUGAGGCUGUCAAGGUCCGCGUCCAGACUCAGCCCGGCUUCGCCAAGGGCCUCUCCGAUGGCCUCCCCAAGUUCAUCCGCGCUGAAGGAGCCUCGGGCCUUUACAAGGGGCUCGUUCCACUCUGGGGUCGCCAGAUUCCAUAUACGAUGAUGAAGUUCUCCACCUUCGAGAACAUUGUUGAGGCCAUCUACAAGAAUGCCAUUCCGCUGCCCAAGGACCAGUGCAGCAAGAAGACGCAGCUUGGAGUCAGCUUCGCAGGUGGAUACAUUGCAGGAGUAUUAUGUGCUAUCGUUUCACACCCUGCUGAUAACUUAGUCUCCUUCCUCAACAAUGCCAAAGGAGCAACAGUAGGCGAUGCUGUGAAUAAACUCGGGAUAAUGGGUCUGUGCACACGAGGCCUCCCUCUCCGUAUUGUCAUGAUCGGUACCCUCACUGGGGCGCAGUGGGGCAUCUAUGACGCGUUCAAAGUCUUUGUUGGCCUGCCUACUACCGGUGGCAGUCCAGCUCCUGCAAAAAAUUGAGGGCAAUUUAAAAUAGAUGGAAUUAAAAAAAAAACACUUUUUUCAUCUUGACUUAUUAUUUUCCGGAGGCACUACCAGUCUUUCUUGAAGCAACCGAG